AUGGUGGCUCGAGCAGCUCGGCAGCCUAAAAGUGCAAAGGAGCGUGCAUCAGAGAGCACCAUCAUCGCACGUCGCCAUCGCGUCGCCACCAAUGCGACCCGGUCCGACGUGCAGAAUGCCGAAGCCCACCCGCGCGCGAGCCCCCUGAACCCCAUGACCAGGUUGCCGCCAUCAGGCCACCUUGACGCCAAAAGGCCCCCGCCGUCACCCGCGGGAAGCCGCCAUUGCCCGUCGCCAAUGCCAUCAACACCACAUCAUCCUAGUGUGAGGCCACGGGAUCUAGUCUGGGGGGCACUUGAUCUAGCCAUGAAGGCACCGGAUCCAAUGCCACUGGAGGGCCAACACGGCUGGACGCCACCGGAGCAGGCCCCCGUGGCCACGGCGAUCCGGAGAACGAGUUGA